AUGUUACAAAGUGGAAACAUUUAAGUCGGUUUACUUAGACAGGUAUCGUUAGAAUAUUUUACUCGCGAAGGGAAGCCUGUCUUCGACACUUCAGUUCCUUCAUACAUUUGUAGCCACUUGCAAACAGAUUUUAUGCGAUUUUUUCGCCUCUUGUGUAACAUUGUUGACUAAUCAGUAUACUUAUAUCCAGCUGAUCAUAAUCGGCGUGUUACGGAAAUAACUUGUAUUUCCUCGAUAUCUUGUCGGCGAUUCAGCUCGAGUGGAAUCUGUGUGCUGUUUGACAUAUUCCAUUCGUUUUUUGUCUGACCGUCUUGGAUGAUGUUUUCUGCUUUGCAUUUGAAGCUAAUUUAUGGUUGCUUGGUGAUGGUAAUAGGAAAAUAUUAUUUUUUAAUAUUCGUGGGCAGGCUGUUUAUCUCACUAGUUGUAACAGCGUUAUGCUGUCCUGUCACCAUAUUUCCCCAACUUUUUAAAUGGCUUGGCUAUGUUAGGGGUCCAUUGUGUUGUGUUGCCAAGUUGCAGCCUUGGUAUUCACCGCCAUAAGAUGUAUUUAAGCAGGUUUGUUUUCUAACAACACAGUUGAUAGCCUGAUAAGCACUUUAGAAAUUCGUUGUAGGCUACUUUCUUGCUAUAUUGAUGGAGCAUAGGCUAUAUUUAUAUUUUUUAAUUGCGACAACUUCCCUUUCGCUUUGACGGGUGGUGUCCUUGGCGUUUUUAGUGGAUGUGGUAUUAACAGGCGCAAAUAAGGAUACUGCAAUAACGAUUGAGUCACUCCAUGGAAUAGAUACUGUGCAUGUCAAGCUGUCGCCAGCAAACUAAAUAUCAGCAUUGAAUAAAUAAUUAUCUACGGCACUCCACCCUUGCCUGUGUAUCCCUAGAGGGUGGGAACCCAGUGAUAUGCGGUUGAGCUCAUGCUGCCCUUGUUUUUUUCCCUGUUCGCCUUCUUGAGAACGUCUGCCAGGGUGAGCCUGUGGGACAGGGCACAGCCAAUUCCACCACCGGCCUCAACAUCGUCCUGGCUGCACCCAUGAAAGGAGAUAGCUGGGUGAGAGGUUCAGGAUGCUGGAGGUGAACGUGGCCUUUCUGACCGAGUCGGAGCGGGAGGUCAUCCUGGAAGUGCUAAAGAGAGAUGAGGAGCUCAGACGGGCUGAGGAGCUGAGGGUCAGGAGGUUGAAGCUGGAGGUGCUAGACAUGAAGCGGAAGGGGGCUAAGCGCGGCAGCGGCCGGUACAGCGAGCGCAGUUGCGGUCGGUGUCAGGAGUCCCUGGGCAGAGUCCUUGGCGGGGCGAGCCAGUGCCGGGUGUGCAAACACCACGUUUGCCGGAACUGCCGCCUGGUGCAACCCAAUGGUGCCUGGGUGUGCACUGUGUGUUCCAAAGAAGUUGAUCUAAAGAAGUGCUCCGGAGACUGGUUCUACGACCAGAGGGUGAACCGGUUCUCAACAGCUCCAGGGCAUGAUAUUGUCCGAGCCUCACUCAAGAAGCGCCCGCCCUUGAAGAAGCGAGAGACUGCGGGGGACCUGCUUUUGAACAGCACAGAGUUAAAGCCCAGCCCAGCUGCUUCAGCUGUUCCAGUCCCACGACCCAGAAAGAAGGACCAUGCUCCCUCCAACAAGGGGCAGCUGUCAAACGUGUUGGAGCUGCCUGAGGCGCGGGAGCCGCAGCGGAGUGUCACAGAGUCGGCCGAGAAGUCCAGCCUGUGCAGCAGCCGCACCAGCACCGAGUCAUCCCACAGCACUCCGGCUCUUCCCCGGAAAGGUAUCAAGUCUCCUCAGCACAGUCCUGCAGGCUCCACAGUGUCCAGUCUCACUCAGCACAGUCCUGCAGGCUCGACAGUCUCCAGUCUCGCUGGGCCGUCCAAAUCCAGCAAGCCCCCCAGUCCCAUACCUGAACCAGAGACCGCCUCUUUGAGAUACAGGCUCAAUCAGCCCUCAGAAGUGGCGGACCCAGAGGUUGAUAGGCUGUUCAAGAAAAGCGUCAGACGGGUGCACAAAAUCUCAGGUAGUCGGCCGACAUCGACUUUAGACCUGCGUGAAGAUGGUGUCCGCACCACAGACGGGUCAAUGGGUGACCGGAGCAAGUCUGUACCUGGCCUGAAUGUAACUGACGAUGAAGAAGAUGAAGACAUUGAUAACCUGGUGACCAUACACAGAAGGAACAUGGGUGAUAGCACCUCAAGUCUCCGCAGUUCCCCAAGCACUCUGGGCAGUAUGAUGAGCGUGUACAGUGAGGCGGGAGAUUACGACUGUGUGGAGGUGACUGGAGACAUCCUCUUCUCCAUCAGCUUCCAGGAGCGCAGCCAGACGCUGUCCAUCCUGGUGAAGGAAUGCCGGGGGCUGGCCUACGCUGACGCGGUGAAACAGCGCUGCAAUCCGUAUGUGAAGUGCUACCUCCUGCCAGACAAGUCUCGCCAGGGCAAGAAGAAGACGGCCACCAAGCGCAACAACAUCAACCCCAUCUACAACGAGACCCUGAAGUACUCUAUAAGCCGUUCUCAGGUCACCACCCGCACGCUGCAGCUCUCCGUCUGGCACUAUGACCGCUUUGGCCGCAACGCCUUCCUGGGAGAGGUGGAGGUCCCGCUAGACUGUCACGACAUCGACUCUGGCCACCAGCAGUGUGUGGCCCUUAGGGGAAGGGUGCCCUCCUCUCUCCAGCACACUCCAUUCUCACAGUACAAAGGGGAGUUGGUGAUCUCCCUGAAGUACAUCACAGCCAAAAACACAUUGACAGAUAAGUCUAAAGCAGGAAAGAAGGGGAAAGGUAAAGGAGAGGCAGAGCUGCAUGUCCUGAUCAAAGAAGCCAGGAAUCUAACAGCCAUGAAGGCAGGGGGCACCUCAGACUCCUUUGUAAAAGGGUAUCUGCUGCCAUCCAACAGCAAAUCCACUAAGAGGAAGACUCCGGUGGCCAAGAAGACACUGAACCCGCACUACAACCACACAUUUGUCUACAAGGACGUGAGUGUGGAGCAGCUGAGGACCAUGUGUCUAGAACUGACCGUGUGGGACCGGGAGGCGCUGUCUAGCAACGACUUUCUGGGAGGCGUGCGUCUGAGCACAGGGACAGUCACUCUGCAGUCCGGCAAAGAGGAGUGGCUGGCGGAGUCUUCCCCAGAGGAGGUAAGCCUGUGGGAGCGCGUCAUGCAGUACCCCGACUCGUGGGCAGAGGGCACUCUUCCCCUGCGCGCCUCCAUGGGGAAGAGCAAAUGAGGACAGCCGUCCCCACCGAGAGGCUCACGACGAGGCGACAGCCUGCCACUGCGCCGGGCCUCUUACGAAACUCCCCUCUCGCUCCGCUAGCUCAGUCAACAAAGGUGUCGCGUACAAGAGCUGGGAUUAUCAUUUGUAAUGCUGAGUUCUACAAUGCCAAAGCAGAAUGUUUUAUAAAAUAGAUUUAAAGAUUUUAAAAAAAUCUACAUUUAUGAAGCAUAUACAUGUAUAUAUAUAUUUCUGUUGAAGGGAUUAUGUUCUAUAGUUGCAAAUUUUAUGUUGAGUUGUCUCUUUUAACUUUAGGUUGGAUGAAGUGUUGGAUUACAUUUGUGGUGUGUUUGUGUAUGUCAUUGUCAUCUAAUGGUUUUGUUUCACUGUGGUCAAAAUGCAAGGCAAACCUUGACUGACUGCAAAAUAGGUUGAACUCCACACAGAAAGAACACAGAAUUACACAGAAAAUAUCAGUUCUCAUCAUGUUUUAUUUAUAUGUUUGUUCAUUUUUUUAUUGUUGUUAUUUGAACACGUUAACAGUUACUUAAUGUAAAUGUGUCCCUCUAUCGUUACACAUUCCUCUUCAGUGACAAACUGUCCAAGGACUCCAAACAUAACUUUUAUAUUCUCUGUUCUCUCCUUUUAAAUGCACUUUUUAAAUACAUCACAUAAAGUCAUUCACCUCAAAAGUAAUAUAAUAAACUUUCAACAACCUA